UUAGCAGUUUAUAUUUACUAAAAUAAUUGCAUUUCCAUGUUGUGUGUACUGUGAGAGACCAGAUAUAGUGAAUGCAGGGUCCGGGGAGACCAGAUAUAGUGAAUGCAGGGUCCGGGGAGACCAGAUAUAGGGAAUGCAGGGUCUGGGGAGACCAGAUAUAGUGAAUGCAGGGGUCCGGGGAGAGCAGAUAUAGUGAAUGCAGGGUCCGGGGAGACCAGAUAUAUAGUGAAUGCAGGGUCCGGGGAGACCAGAUAUAGUGAAUGCAGGGUCCGGGGAGAGCAGAUAUAGUGAAUGCAGGGUCCGGGGAGACCAGAUAUAGUGAAUGUAGGGUCCGG